UAAUAAAAAUGAAGGAUCUAGAUAGUAAAGACUUCGCUUCUUCCUUACCUGUUCUUCCAAGAUUAGAUCGCCUCGAUUUCCUGCUGCAGGUUCUGGAAGAGAAACAUGGGAUGUCACCAAAAAAUGAGAAAGGAGAAGAAGAAGAAGACUCAGAGUACUGCAGGAGUACUCUGAGUCUAUCUACUGCACUUGAAGAAGUUCAUCACAAAGGCACUCUUGUUGAUCGACUCACUGCACUCGAGAAUCGAGUUUUUAAGCUAAGCUUAGAAAUGGAAGAAGGGAAAACAUCAAGGUUGAGUUCAUCCAAGUCAAGAAAUCAUGACAACGAAGACGAAAAGGCCAAUCUCAAACAGGAAGAAGCGUCGACAGUAUCUUUAAGUAGUGAGAAAUCAGAUAAAGUUGUUGGUAAUGCUAAAAUGACAAAGAAAAAAUGGCGCCUUGGCAGCUGGCUUCGAUUGGGAUGUAAUUAA